GCGGCGCUGCCGGCGGCGGACGGCUCUCACAGCGCCUCCAAGGGGCUCGCGGCCGAAGAGGCGUCCGGCACGACCCAGCAUGUUUUGCACAACGCACUGCGUGACCCCAGAACCCAGGCAGCGGUGCCGAUCGACCAGGUGCCCAGAGGCCUUCGCUUGGAUGAUCUGCUGCGCCUGGUGGAGGAGAACAAAGAGUGGCUUCAAGGCCCCACGGCCCGGGAAAAGAUGACGGGCCGAAAGAACAUGUACGACGUCACUCCGGAGCUCAUCAUCGCACGAUCCCCGGGUGAGGAACGGGUCCUGGAGCUCACCAAGGAGGAUGCCGAGAAGAUCACGAAAUCUCUCGCCGGUGGUGACGACGGAAUCUUCGUGAAAGGCUCCCUGCAAUGCCGGAAGGGAGCCAAACUCGGAGGUGUGCCCGUGGAGAACCUGGUGAUCCAGGGGGUCCUGUGCGAGGACGGUGCGCAGCGCAGGGAGUACUGGAAGCAUGGCAGUGAGCGUCAGGAACGGUGGCGCACCACAGACAACCACGGAUGCCGGCCGUGUCAGGACACUGGGCUGCAUGGAGCCUCAGCCGUCACGCAAGGGUUUGGCGAUGGCAUCAACGGUGGUCUUGGCCAUCUGCAGGAUGCGAUCCCUUCGAAGCUCCUCGGGAAGCAGCUCGGCGAAGAAAAUGCUCGCCGCAACAAGAAGCUACUCCAGCAGCCGGGCACAGUCGUCGUCCUGCGCACUGGCGCACCUUGA